CCGAUCUUUAGCAUUGAUGCUAUUCGGACGAGGCCGUGCCUUCGCUAUGCUGGCCGAUUGUAUCACAUCGAUCUGGUUGGAAACGCGACGGCUUCUACCCGAUGUCAGGGGCCGAUGGAAAUCAUCCGCACCGUGCUGCUUCUUCCCGACGUCAACGAAAUUCUCUUCACGACUCCAACAUAGGUUUCGUUAGCCGAGCCGAGACCGGGGGCAAUGAGGGCUUCAUCUGUGCUUUGCGCACUUUCAUCUUCAGGCACCUUCGAUCCAUACGUCGACCGUUGAGAAAGGAGGGGUCCAUCGGCCCGAUGCAUCCGUCUUCAGAUGAGCUCAAGACUUUGUGAAAGGGGAACUCCACACCUACCAACUAGGAGUUAAGCAUGCAGGCAACGUGAAUAUGACAGGAACGAGGGGAGGCUUUUUGAAAUCCAUCCGACUCACGCGCGGAAAACAGCUUGCACGCGAGAUUGCACCUCGCCCUGAUCGGAGCAUGUGUGGCAUGACCACUCCGAAGUGAGUUUGCUUGAAGGUAUGCUGCACAGACUGGAUGUCGCAGAGUGUGGAGGUAAGAGAGCAUCCUCCUGAAGUCAUACUAAGGGCGGUAUAAAGCUUCUGGCUGAGAGUUCUGAUGCUCUCACCUGCGCCAAAUUCUCUCCAUUUCUAGGCCUGAGUAGGGGAGAUCCUCAAGAUGCCCCACCAUCUGUUCACUCUUUGUACUGUAUUCGCUCGCCUGGCGCUGAGCUAUGGUGUUCCCCAGGCAGUCGCUCCUGAUCGGAUCAUACGCCGUUGCGACAACGAUACCGAUAGGCCGUUCAACCUUUACAACUUCACCUACCCCAGCAACCCCCGUUCCGGAACCAUCAUCGAACCUAUAAUCACACCUCGUCCUCUUCCAAUCUGCGAGGUGCAUCCUGGCUUCCCCUGCACUUCUGCUGGCUACGAUAGUCCAUGGCAGAGCUACUCUUCGUGGAAUCAGCCUUUGACGACCAAUGCAACGGGUAAUGCAACGGGGUCAUCCACAAUUGGGCCAGAGCAGUCUUCUACGUCUUCAGGCUCUUCGUUUGUUACCUCGUCGUCAACAAGUGCCUAUCAAAAAGCAACGUCUACAACAAGCUCAGACUACAGUAACUCGACAUCCAGUGCCUCGUCAGAUACAUCUUUAUGGAACGCCACCGGGACUAGCACCGCCCAGUCCAAUACGACCAAUGCAACGAGUUCCAUCAGCUCAACAACAGAGAUUACCAUGACCAUGAACGUUACCCAGACUGUGAUUGCCAAUGCCACCCAGAGUGCUUCAUCAUCGAGUUCCUAUAACUCGUCAUGUCGGUACCUCUCAGGCUCAAGCUGCUUCGGGUCCGGUUCAGCAUCCACUUCGGAUACAAGCAGUGAGACGCCUCUCUGGAGCAACACUUCGUCGGUGGCGCCGAGCACAUCAUCGUCUCAAAGCAGUAAUGGUGUGUUGACCAUCUUCACCUUUGGCUUCACCCCAUCCCCAGAAUCAGUCACGUUCACCGCGACACUGUUUGGCCCGCCUUCAGCGUCGUCCUCGGCGUCCGCGAGCGAGGCGACGUCCUCGAGCAACGAGGCAAGCUCUUCAUCAUCGUCAGCAACAAGGACCCUGACCAUGACGAUUGUGGUUGGCGCGAACACGACCGCAGUCCAGGGGCCGACAGUCUCACAGACCAGCACAAGCCUGAGUUCCUCAAGUACUCAAGACGUGGGACCCGUCAAUGGGAGCACGACAUCAGCCGCCUCGCAGUCUGAAUCAAGCUCUGCCAUUCAGGGGAAUUCUUCUAGCACUUCCACCUCAUGGAAUUCGAGCUCGACCUCUGAAGCCUCGGGGGCACUGACAACGGGAGCGAGUCCCAGUGGUACAGGGUCUUCUUCAAACACGUCGUCGUCUCUCAACGCCACCACCGCCUCUUCGUCGUUCUUCUGGUCGAACGGCACAGGCACAGGCACCGGCAUCUCCGGCACGCAGACACCAGCGCCUUCAGCCUGGCUCGACUGGAAUAUGACUGGAAUGACGAGCAUGCUCUCCCAAUACAAUGCUUCUCUGCAGGCCGCAGCUACAGGCUUGAACACCUCGAGCACUGACUCUUCUCCCGUCGGCCCUACCAUGACAGGCCCGUCUGCAAACAGCACCUCUUCCGACGCCGCUUCCAGCUUCACAAUGCCGGCUGCCACUACAGUCAAUGCUUCAAGCACUUUGUCCAGCGAAGUCGGUCCAACAAGCAUGAACCCCAAUGCCUCAACGAUCUGCAACACCAAUGCCACCGUGGCUUUCUGCGCAAGUAGCGAUGCCCCCUGGCUAGCAAGAUCAACGACAACUGACAGCACGGCUUGGAGCAUGACUUCAAUGGGUCAAACGACGUUCACGACAUCUUUCGUCUCGGGCACAGGUGACAAUGGCAGUGGCAGUGGCAAUGGUACUUUGACGACCGGGCAGCCCAUGGGUCAAACUCGUCGCGUUGAACCGAGGUCUCGUAAGCGCCGUCCUGAAAAGAAGGAGAGGAAGGCGCGCACGAGCGAUCAGUAUGGCCUUGCUGGCGGGCAGGAAAAUAGGGUGCGAGGCGAGAGGACUGGUUGGGUGAGGUCCCAGAUCGAUCGAGUGCGCUUCCUGAUUUGAGCUGGAAGGCUGCUGAUGCUGGAGAUGAUGACUACUCGCUUGAGAUGAUGAAGACGACUGCGGAGCGUGAUAGAGGGUUUUCAAUGUUGCCAAGAGGAGGCUUCUCCCUAAGGACUAUUCUUUUCCUUUCUCAGAGAGAUCGACUAAUAUAAUGGACCAUUUUUCGCAC